AUGUUUGGUUCGGUUCACUUCAUCCGUAUCGAUUGGUUCAUCGUUAUCGAUCUGAGUAUAGUUAAGUUUGCCAAUGUUUUGGUUUUGGAGAAGCUGAUUUCAAGCUGCCCGGUUCUCGAAAACUUAAGUGUAAGCAGGAGUUCUAUUGAUGAUGUAGAUGUUUUACGUGUUUGUUCUCGGUCUUUACUGCGAUUUGAACACAUCGGGGAUUGUUCUGAAGGUUGGGAUAAACUAGAAGUUGCAAUUGAUGCUCCUAGGCUUGAGUAUUUGAGUCUCGUUGAUCACGCAAGAUUCAGAAUAGAGAAUUCGGGUUCCCUUGUGGAGGCGGAUAUCAAUAUUAUCUUUAACAUUGAGAAGCUACUGGGUCCAGAUGAACUACCAAAAAGGAAUAUGAUUCGAGAUUUUCUCGUUGGGAUCUCUAAAGUCAAAAAAAUGUUCAUCUCUUCGUAUACUCUUGAGGUCAUCUAUGAUUACGAACUACCCCUGUUUCAUAACCUAUCUUCCUUGCACGCCGAUUUCGAGGAUCAUAAUUUGGAAAUGUUGUCAACUUUUCUUGAGAGCUGCCCGAAUCUAAAAUCACUUGUUGUGGAAUUUAAGGAUUCUCCAGAGAAGGAGGGAUUUAGGGCUUUAUCCGUACCUCGGUGUUUCUUAACAUCUCUAGAGUAUGUAAAGAUAGAACGGCCAAUCACAGGCGAGACGAGAGGGAUGAAACUAGUUAGUUUUUUGGAGAAUUCAGCAAUCCUCAAGAAACUGACUCUAUGCUUGGAUAAUUCAAGAAAGAAAGAAGAAUCUGUCAUCUUCAAGGAACUCCUUACCAUUUCAAGACUCUCUACUUCAUGCCAAGUUAUCGUUAACUGA